CGGCAGCGCUCUCUGCCUUUUUUCAUCCAUCCCUCCCUUUCUCUCUGCUACAGGUGUGAGGAGACCAAUACCAGCCACACACAGGCGCCUGUACCGCCUGGCCGUAACCAGACCUCCAUCUCAUAGCAUUUUAAUAAUCAUAAUACUGACCUGACGUUCUCCAUAGCAUUGCUCACAUAUACACUUACACACCAACUUCUGUCCCAAGACGCGUGUGCCCAGCCAUCUUGACCAGAACAGAUUUACACUUUACAGUUUUAUGAGGUGACAUUCACGGACAGGCAGGAUGAAUUUUGACAAGGUCCUGGACCGGAUUGGCGGGUUUGGACGUUUUCAGAAGACUCUUUAUGUUUGGAUCUGUCUGCCACAGAUCUUUUUGGCCUUCCACAUGUUGGUGUCUGUCUUCACUGGGGCCGUGCCCCCUCACCUGUGCAGAUCUUCUUGGCCAGUGGGGGACAGUGCUGGUCCCAGGCUGAACCUGAACUUCAGUAGUGCUCCUGGGGAGUCCUGCACAUCUUUUCAGGAUGGCUCUCCAUCCCAGCGUAACCACAGUCGGCCAAUUACUGAGCACUCGUCCACCGCAAAGGGCUGCACCGGAGGAUGGGAGUUCAGCAAGGAAGUCUUUCUCAGCACUAUCGCCACCGAGUGGGACCUUGUGUGUGAAAAUGCCACUUUGAACAACAUUGGCUCUUCUAUCUAUAUGUUUGGGCUGCUGGUUGGAGCUGUGCUGUUCGGAGCCCUUGCUGAUAAGUACGGUCGGAGAAUAAUCAUAUUGAUUGGUUUAGCAGUACAGGCCGUCUUCGGAGUGGGCGUCGCUUUUGCCCCAAACUUCUACAUUUAUGUCCUGCUACGCUUUGUGGUGGGCUCCACUGUGUCAGCGGUGAUCAUGAAUGCAUUUGUGCUGGGCACUGAGUGGACCGGUCCUAAAAGGCGCAUGCUGGCAGGUGUCAUCACUGAUUACUUUUUUGGGUUCGGCUAUAUCCUGCUAGCAGGUGUGGCCUACCUCAUUCGAGACUGGCGUAAACUUCAGUUGGCCAUUUCUGCCCCUGGUUUCCUCUUCCUGUUCUAUGUCUGGGUGCUUCCCAAGUCUGCCCGCUGGUUAAUGGCCAAUAACAAGCAUGAAGAGGCGUUGGAUCUGAUCCGCAAGGCAGCACUUAUUAAUGGAAAGCCUCUGGAGAACGAUGACAUGGAGCUCUAUCAGAGUCCUAAAAGCUCCGAAAAACUUCAAGAGCAGAGGAAGUACACAGUCUUGGAUCUGGUCCGAACGCCUAGAAUGAGGAAACAGUCUCUCAUUCUCUUCUACCUGUGGUUUGUGAAUGUCCUGGUCUACUAUGGGCUAUCGCUCAACAUUUCAGACUUUGGUAUGAAUAUCUACCUGACGCAGAUGAUCUUUGGCUUGGUGGAGAUGCCGGCACGUACCAUUACUCUCUUCACUCUGAACCGCUCACGCCGGAUAUCCCAGCUAGCAUUCCUGGCAGUUGGCGGCCUGGCCUGCCUACUUACCAUAUUCAUUCCAGAUGAUCUGUCCAUUGUUCGUACUGUACUUGCUAUGGUGGGCAAGUUUGGCAUCACUGCCUCACUGUCCAUUGUGUACAUCUAUUCAGCUGAAGUCUUCCCGACAGUCAUCAGACAAAAUGGCAUCGGUAUGGGAUCGAUGUGUGCACGGGCUGGGGGAGUGAUCGCACCAAUCAUCUACCUCCUGAGAAGCAUCGGCCGUCACACCCCCAUGGUGGUCUUCGGCCUGUGUCCCCUCAUAGGCGCCGUCCUCACAAUGUUCCUGCCCGAGACGGCUCAUAAACACCUGCCAGACACUAUAGAGGAUGUGGAAAACACCAGUGCCAGCGCUGCGGCUGAGAAGUCACAACAUGCCAUGUAUGAAGAGUGUCCCAAACAGAACCCCAACAUCAUCCUCUGAGUGCCGGCCUGAUGUCAGACUGUCUCCAGACAACCAUUUCAGAAGGAAAGACUUGUCACGUGUCCUUUCCAACUUUUCUUUCCGGAAGUACUUGAACAAGUGUUGCAACCAAAUGAGUGCUAUAGCAUGAAGGCUAAUUACUGAUUAUGGAAGAUGAUUAUGGAACCAUAACAUACACUGAUAUAAGGGCAUUUUCUCUCUCAAACACACACAUCUGAAAGCCAAGGUUUCAUUCUGCCACUUGUACAUUUAUAGUUGUAUUUUUCUCUGCUUGAAGGGUUUGUGAAUAUAAUUUCUUACUGUUACAAUUUUGGAUGUUCGAGAACAUAGACAGCUUUUUAUUCAAGUGGCCUUAGUUUUAAAGGUGCUAUAGAUAUAAUGGAUAUAUUGCAUAUAUGCAUUGAUAUAAUGUGUUAAAUUGUUCUCUGAUGUCUAAAUAGAAGGUAUGAGGCUUCUCCAGAAACACUUUGCAGCUCUAUUUCCAACUCUAGCAAUUGGCCCUAAUAUGUUAUGGUUGGUUUUGACCAUAUUUGGAAGGGUUGUGAAUAUUAAUGAGCUCUGCUCUGAUGCUCCUGUAUCCUGAUGCACACAGGCAUUCUAAAAUACCCACUUAGAAAAUAAUCUUGCUCUGGUUUAGGGUUAUUAUGAUACUGGAAUUUGAUACCAAUCAGUUCUGAAAUUUUAAAAACGUCCAUUUCCCACUUACAUUUGAGUGCUGAUGAGCGCCGAACUCGCCGCUGUUUGCUGAGUGUAAACACAGAUACAGGCACACUGGAGCAUUUCAGUCACGUUAAUCAGCUGGUUUGUCCAUAAGCUGACAUGCAAUAGAUCCACUGAUGAAUCGCGGCUGUGAAACGCUCCAGUGUCUGUAUCUGUGGUUACACUCAGUAAACAGCGGUGACUUCGGUGAACUGAUGACCUUCACGGCCAAUCACAGUCAUUUCUGUUGAGCACGUGACCACAAUGGCUAACCUUUACUGAUCGGUACCACAUUCCAGUAUCAUAACAAGCUUACUUUGAUUAUCCAAAUAUUUCAACAGGGUAGAUUACUUAUCACAAUCUUUUGAACUGAAGUGGUAGAGGUGUUUAUUUUAGCUAGGAGUGAGUGAGUGAGCUAUGUGAGUGAGGCUAAAUUAUAAUUAUACUCGACAAAAGGGACCGCCAGAGAUGUAAAUAGUGCUGUAUUCUGUGGUUUUAACAUAUCUGAACACACAGGCAGGAAUGAAUAUCAACCUCCACAUAAACAGAUGAGUUUUAUAAAGUUUAUUGGUAAGAGCGGAGUGAUAUGACAUGAUGCAUAAAGGUGCAUUAAACACUUUUAAUAAUCA